CAUUACCGCCAGCGUGAAUAACAAUCUUACUGUAUUUACGCUUAUCCGUAGCCAGCAGUUUCAGAUUCUUUCAGGGUUUUAAUAAGUCAACUCAGAGGGGUUUAUAUCUCUACCACAUUUAGAAGAAUGGACCAUAAGAGAAAGAUCACGAUGUGUUUGUUUCUGGCUGCCAUUUGCAGCUCAGUGUUUGGAGAAGAGUGGAAGGCCACUGUUUCAAAAAACGUUGAGGCUCUACCCAGCUCCUGUGUUGUGCUGCCUUGUACAUUCACUCAUCCUGCGAGUUUGCCUAACUCCAGACUCAGGGGCAUCUGGCAUCGUAAGGACAAAUGGGAAGAGAUCUUCUACCAUGAGGAUCGCACACAGAUCUUGGACAGCUUUAAGGGCCGAACAAAGUUGCUGGGAAACCUGGGUGAAAACAACUGCACCUUAGAAAUAAUUGAAGUUAAAGAUCACGACAAUGGCCCUUUCUGUUUCCGCAUUGAAUAUGUGCGAAACGACAACAACCAACCCAUUACAGAAAAGUUCUCCUUUGUUGAGGAAUGUGCUGAAAUAAAAAUGCUCUAUGACACACCUAAACCCAAACUGGGUCCCCUAAAGACAGCCAUUGAAGGAAAAGCCUACACCGUCACCUGUUCCGUUCGCCACACCUGCCCCUCGCGUUUGCCUCAACUUACAUGGAGUCGUGGAAGUAAGGAUGAAAUCACUGAAGUUCAUAAACACAUUCAUUCAGUGGUCUGGGAAACAGAGUCCACGCUGGCUUUCAUCCCGGAGGAGAAGGAUGAUGACACCGAGCUCACAUGCACAGCAACAUUUAAUGGAGGGAGGAAAUCGUUUACAACUUUCCCACUUAAUGUAAAACGCAUGGAAAACUACAACCACAUAAUCAUUCCCACUGUUGCAGUAGCUGCCACUGCUGUCCUCUUUGGACUCCUCUGUGUUUUGAUGGUGAAAAAGUACAAGAAACGCAUUCAAGAGCUUCAAAGUCAGGAGGGCAGCAUGUGGAACAGGAUGUCUAGACUGUCUCGCAGGCUCCGUUCUGGUGCCUCAGGACCAACUCGCUCCGAUCAAAGCUGCACAUAGACUUGCAAAUUGUUGCACUGGCAGUUCUUAAGCCUUGAAAUACCUUCAUAUGCAGAAUCUCCUGUGCUUCAGCUGAGCUUCGACCCUCCACCCCAUCUCCACCAUCAGGGUUCAAGGUCCCUCCGACUCCCUCUUCUCCUCAGGCCUCCACUCCACCACCAGUAUCAGGAUCCCGGGGGAAGACUUCUCUAAUUCUAACCCUAAGAUGUUUAUUCAAGCUCAUGUCAUUAUCAGCAUCCAUGUCUUCCACCGGGGUCCGA